UAUAAUUGGCUAGGCUAGCUGGAAGAUUUUUAACCAAGCACAAUGUUGUUCCGCGCGAUUCGAACGAUCUCCUUUGCGCUCGCUGUUGUUGCCCUCGUCGCUGCGGAUUAUCAGCUUCCUGCGGGUGUAAAAACCUGCAAAAGGGAUUCCGACGAUUUCGCAUCCUGUCUGCGUCUCGCCAUUCAAGAAGCAUGGCCGAUAUUUAUGCAAGGGUUACCAGAUUUCGAUAUACCCCUGAUGGACCCUUAUUACAUGGAAUCUAACACGUUCGAGUACACUUUUGGAAAAAUGCAAGGAAGAUUGGCGAGCUCCGACGUUCGAACGUACGGUCUCUCGAAAGCUCGCUUCUUAUCCGUGAAACCGGAAAUGAACGACGAUUUCUUCCGGCUGGAAAUCGAUCUUGAAUUGCCGAAGAUUUUCAUUGAUGGCGACUAUGAUGCUCAAGGUUCUCUGGAUGCCUUCAAAAUUGGUGGAAAAGGGUACUUUAAUAUUAGUAUGGACGACGUGAGAUGUAUUUGGGACAUCACGGGACACGUGAAAGACGAUAGAUGGGUCAUCGAGCACUUCAAAAUGGUUCCAACAGUAGGAAACAUGAGAAUCUGGUUUAGCGACCUCUUCAAUGGAAACGAGGAAUUGAAUCGUGCAGCGUUGAUCUUCAUCAACGAAUACUGGCCAGUGGUGUUCCGUGGAAUGAUGCCGAAGAUGAUGGAGCUCUGGGACGAAUACCUAACCGAGUUCACUAAUCGUUUCUUCUCGAAAAUACCAUUCUCCACCGUGUUCCCUUGAACCACGAGUUAAUAGUUCGAAAAUAAUUCAAAUAAACCGAAGAAGCGACUGAGGAUCAAAGGAUCCUUCGAAGGAGCAAGAAAGAAGCGAAGAACGUUUUAUAAUACAAACUUUGUAGAGACUUUCGUAAAAUUUAACAUUUAAGUUCUUCCAGCUGUUCUUUUUUAUAUUAACAAAGAAUGUAUGUUGUUGAAACAAUUUAUUGUUUUUGUUAUAGAAGUAUGAGUGAAAUAAAGAACCAGUAUCACACGUUAA